AUGACAGGGAAAGCAAGGAAUGCUAUUGAGAACUACAUUAUGCUUCCAGGAGGGGAGGGUUAUUCUGAAGCUUUGAAGAUUUUGGAAUCACUGUUGGCAGAAAGUCCCAGACCGCAGCAAAAACCACAGCAACCAAGUCAACGAGAGAACACCAAACAAGAACCAGGCAAGCAAGAGCAGACCAAGCGCAAUGUCUCCAAUGUCCAUUUCCAACCUUGCUUGUUCUAUGAAGGCACUCACGAGAUUGCUAAGUGUUUUAAAUGUCGUGAUAAGGCAUAUGCUGACAGACUUGACAUUGUAAGAACAAAGAGACUGUGUGAUAAUUGUUUACAACCGUACCAUAUAGCCAAGAGAUGCAAGGCUUAUCGCGCUUGUCUAGUAUGUGGAUGCAAGAAAAGACACCACUCGCUUCUUCACCAAGUUGUCUCUUUUCCUGCUUCUGAUCAAGUAACGAACGAGCCAGGUGUAGAAGAAUCUACUCAGGAAAACACCACCAAUCACGUCUCCCAAGCAGGUGCGUCAAAGCCGAACCAGUCGAAGGUGUUGCUAAGAAUUUUACCAGUGAGAGUGUUGGCAGUAGAUGGUAGUCAUGAUGUAGAGACAUACGCCUUCCUUGACGAAGGAUCAGACACUAAAUUAUGCGAGACAAGCCUGCUAGAAGGACGUGGUAUAAAAAGAACAAAAGCAACCUUUUCGGUAACGAAUAUUAACGCUGAAAAGCAGCAAAGACUAGGUCAAGAAGUUAAGUUAAAAGUCAUUCGAUGGUGA